AUGAAAGACCUUCCCCCUCAGGGCGGUUACGCGCCUAUCCGCUACAAGCGCAACAUGCCUGUGCGCGGGCCCAGUGGUGUGUUCCUCAUCUUUGCCACCGUUGGCAUUAGUGCAUUUGGUUUCUGGCGUCUCGGUCAGGGCAAUAUUGAGAGACGCGAACUGGCGCGUGAGCGUGCCUGGAGUCGCAUUUAUCUGACUCCUCUUCUGCUGGCGGAAUCCGACCGUGACAUGUUCCGCCGCGACCGCGCCUCGGUCCUCCGUGAAAACUUGCUCAUGAAGGAUGUGCCCAACUGGGAGGCCGGCAAGAGCGUCUACAACUCGAAGCGCUACACACCCAACAACUACGUAGUCAUGUAA